CGCGCCCGCAUUCCUGGCUUCUCACUUCCGCGCACUUGACGAAGCCAGGGUGGAACCGAUCCGCGAAAGACAACUGGAGAGUGUAACAUUGGGCAGAUAUCUAGUCACUUUCCUGACAACUUCCACUUUGAUUGACCUUUGUUCAAAGUUUUCUCAUUACGUUCCGUGGACCUCUUUGGAAUUACGACAUCUUUAAAGAACUAUGUCUGAAGGAGAGAACCAGUGCAUUAUUGUUCCUAAUGAUUACCCUAAACUGCCUUUGGAACGAUUUACCAUUCCUAAGGCUUACGAAGAUUGUCUUUCGCAUGUUAUGCUUCCGGAGAGUGUCAUCCAAGAAAGGAUUAAACAGAUGGCCAUUCAUUUGGUUGAUAACUAUACUACAGAACCUAAGUCACCCCACCUAUUAACGCUGCUGUGUGUACUUAAAGGAGCAUUCCGCUUCUUCUCAGAUCUAUUCAACGAGAUGGUGGCUGUCAUUGGUACCAAGCGUUCAACACUGCUCCUGGAGCUCAGCUUUGUGAGAAUCCAAAGUUAUAUCAAUGAUGCUUCAGCCAACGAACCUCUUAUCACUGGACUGCAUGAUCCAGCCGAGUUUAAAGACAAAGAUAUUCUUGUCAUAGAAGACCUAAUCGACACUGGAAGAUCCAUGCGAGCCUUAUUGACUCAGUUGGAUGCUCUUCACCCCAGAAGGGUUCGUGUCGCGAGCUUGCUGUUGAAGAGGAUUCCAACUGGGAUUCAGUACCGACCAGAUUACGUCGGAUUUGAGAUACCGGCGGAGUUUGUGGUCGGCUACGCUCUCGAUUACAACGAAUAUUUUCGCGAUCUUCCGCAUUUGUGCAUCAUCAAUCAACACGGACGAGAAAAGUAUCGCGUCAACUCUGAACCGUGCGGUCGUGGGCUUUAGCAAUGCUCGUUCCCCAAUCGCAUACCAACACUCCUAGUUUUCUAGGGCUAUUUGGACACCUUAUUCUCUCGUUGUUUAGAGCCUAUCGAUUAGUUGUACUCAUUUCUAUUAGACACGCGGCAAUGUUUUCUUAAUUGUAAAGCUAAAACACUCAGAGCAGUAUUUUUGUGCCUUUUUGGUGAUGCCUGCUCCGUUUUAUAAUGCAAUCAUCUUGUUUUCCUCCGCUCGUGAAUACAUACGUUUAUUACCUUG